AUCAAAAGACACUGUUUCACAGUCUUAUAAUGGAAAAUAUGAUAUUGACGUUAGCGAGGAAUCACAAGAUUAUGAAGAAAAUGAAAACAAUGGAGAGUCUGGUGAUCAAGAAGAUGUUGAAUAUGACAUCAAAAUCAGAAAACUUUUAGACAAGUCAACCUAUUUAGAAGAAUUCAGUACAAUCUUACCUAAUUUUAAUACUUACCAAUGUGAAGUAAAAAACAUCCUUUCUGAAAAUGCAAUAAUAGACUUAAUUUUUGACCCAAUUGACAAGCUCUUUCCUGAAGAAGCUGAUAAAUUUUCAAUUGAUUUUUUUUCGGAGAAAUUAAGUGAACAACAAUGGGAAGACAAGGUCAAGAGCUUGAUGGAAGCUACUCCAAAACAAAAUAAAUUUAUUAUAAAAUUAAAAAGAUUGAUAAUAGAAACAUUGCCAAUUUUUCUUGAUUCCUACAAAUUUAUGUCCAAAAAUCCUCUUAAAAACAAAGAAAAGAAUGAGGAAGAAUAUAUGAAUAUGUAUGUUCAUCCAGUUUUAAAAAGAGCCUUGAGCCAUUUUUCCGAUAUUAGAUAUGUGCUAGGAAAUAAAGCUAUUAAAGCUUCAGCAGAUGGAAUGGCAUAUACGUUGAAUCAGCAAAAUUCCUAUGAAAUUUCUGCAACAGAAGGAAGCCAUCCAUAUGUUGUUGAAAAAAACAAAGAAACAAGUGAUUUCAUCCAAAGUGCCUGUGCUGCCAAAGAUAUUAUUAAUUUUGCAGUAAUUCAAGAAGUGUUGCACAAAAGACCACUUCCAUUAGCAAUUGUCACAUGGGCAGUAAAGGCUGACAAAAAAUUCCAAGAAUCAAGGAAUAAAAAGAGUUCUUGUCUAAGCAAUAGCCACAAUAUUAGAAAGCUAUUAAAACUUUCACAUAAUAAAGAUCGUGAUGGUGCAAAACGUGAUAUAACA